AUGGAGUGGCAAUAUGGCUCUGAGGCGGGCAUUGAUGCUGCCGCCUUGAUCUCGUCUGUCGACACGGCGCUGCCGACAGACAUCAACGCGGGUAGUGCCGUGCUAGAAGAGAUCAAGCGGCUCAUUCAACAUCGUGAGCUCGCCCGUGGGAGCAAGGACUUUGCGCAGGCAGACAAGAUCCGUGCCGAGCUUCAGGAUCUCGGAGUAGACCUGUUGGACAAGGAGAAGCUGUGGAAAUGUCCCAGCAGGGGGCUACAGGGCAUUAUUACGGGCUUCCGCGCAAAUGAGCUGAGCGAUGUGGAAGUCAGCACACUUGUCUUGCAAAGGGAGAAGGCUCGGAUGGCAAACGACUACGAGCUCUCGGACAUGAUCCGGGACGAGCUCAAGGAUCGAGGGGUGACCAUCGACGACAAGAAAAAGGCCCUCGCCUUGCGUUCGAAUGCACGGUGUUCCUUUAGCUAUGCCUAG